GGCGGCGCCGCCGCGGUGGGCCAGCGGGCGCCGGCCAGGGGCUGGGGCCCAGCGGGCGCGGGCGGGGAGCGGCCAGCGCCGCGGGGCUGGGCCGACGCGGGGGAGCAGCCAGCGCAGCCGUCGGGGGCCCCUGGCCAGCGCGAGGCGGCGGACGGCGUCUGCAGGGCGCUGGUGGUGACCUUCAACGUGGCCGGCGGCGACCCCACCUCCAAGGCGGCGUCCGAGCUGCUGCGCCCGGAGAGCGCACGCCACCACCUGGUCUGCGUGUGCUUGCAGGAAUGUGUCUCGGGACUGGGCCUGCUGUCGACCUCGGACCUGCACGACGCCGCGGAGGGUUGGAAGCAGUGUCUGUUAGAAGCUCUGGCCCUGCACUCUGGCGAUCCCACAGCUUUUUCUGUCCUUGCGGAGGUCUGCAUUGCUGGUCUCGCACUCUUCCUCUUCGGACGGACACGCCUGUUCCAAGAGGUGGCGCAAGUGGACGGCUGCCGAUGCUCCAGCAUGGGGGCAGGAGGGAAGCUCAACGUGAACAAGGGGGCAGCAUGCGCUUCGCUGCGGAUGCCUGGCCUUGGCAGAAUGGGUUUCGUUGGUGCUCACUUCACGGCCGGGCAAUCGUCCGAGAGCGCCUCCGAAGCGCGCUGCCAGGACUUCCACCAUGUGCUCAGCACGCUUCGUCCCACGGGGGCUCCCGCCGACGGCGGAGCGGGCACUGGUGUUCCUGACAACUUUGCGCAGGUGGAGGCUUGCGGGGGGCUGCGCGAAUGAAGCAACAUGGUGAUGCCAAAUGAUUUGUUUUGCGCGAUCGUUCUUGUGCACACCUUGGUGUGCCAAGAUUGUCUACGUUCUGGCAUGUAUGUGCAGCCAUGGUUACUGGAACUUUGCCUGGCAUGCCGGCAUGACUGUUCACAUGCGGCGUUCCGUAUGUCGUAUUUGCAGUCUUUUCUCUAUUGAGGUACAUUGUAUUAAUGGCGCGUAUGUUUAAGCAACGGGUUCCUUUGAACACGUUCGUUCGCGCACACGUAUUUUGAAUGGUUUGCAGCAUAUGUAAGUUGUUUACCGUUCAUACUGGUAUACUGACCUUUGGGUCGUCCGAUGCGGGACUCGUUGCACGCAGGCACCUAUAACGACCAAGUCUCCACACUAAGUAAUGCCGACUCUAAAACUGUCCGUCUGCCUCCGGAUUCACACGCGACGCGCACGUAGUCCAAAUUUCCCUCUGCGCUUACAGUGUGCCGUUGAGGUGUUGUUUUUUACUGGUGACCUCAAUUCUCGACUACGGGUUCGCAGCGAUGCAGAAGCUAUCGUGGAGGCGUUCAAGCGUGUGGAUACCGCACGGCAUGCUGAUCUUCUCAGGCAAGAUGAGCUGCAUUAUUGGCGGAACAAUGGAUUAGCUUUUGAUCCGCGUGACGGUUGGGAAGAGGCCAACAUAGGGUUCCCGCCGAGCUACAAGUUGAUUGCCGACUCAGCGGGUCACAGCAGUCUGGAAGGCGAGGCCUAUGUGUACGAGAGAUCCGCCCUUCCGGCGUGGUGCGACCGGGUGCUGUGGCGCGCCAGGGGCCACUGCGUGGAGGCCAGGGAGUACUCGAGCAGGCCACUUCGAUCGUAUUGUUCGGACCACGCUCCUGUCUGGGCGAGCUUCGAUAUUUCACCAGGGAAGCCGAUCUCGAAGCUCUCGGCGGCCGCCAACGCUGGUCCCUACGACGCCGAGGUGAUGGAUGCCGAGGGCCUGUGGCGCGCGGGAAGGAUCGUGGACCGGCGCGGGGCCGCGGGCGGAACCUACGAGCUCCUCAUCGCCCGAGGGCCCCCCGCCGCCCCGCCGCACUUCCAGCUGUGGCGCAACGUCCUGGACAGAGGCCAGCGGUGGAGGCAGCUGGAGCAGCCCGCCACGCUCGAGGUGUACUCCGUCUCGGCCAGGGCCUGGUGCCCCGGGGCGCGCGCCUCGCGCGCGGACCGGCAGCUCGGCGAGGGGCAGUUCGUGGCCAGGUUCCGCAUGCCCGACGGGGCGUCGUGGGCCGAGAAGAUCCUCGAGAGCGCCGACCAGGAGAAGACCUGGCGCUUCCUGGUGGCGCCCCAGUGAGGCACGCUGCCGUCUGCGCGCCGAGCCGCCCCCGCCCCCCCCGUGGCGCGCCCUGGCGGCCUGUGAUAGGCCUGCGGCCUGUGGCGGCCCUGGCGGCGCGCAAAGAA